GUCAGAACUCUAAUUGCUGAAUAAUAAGAAGACGUAAAUAUAUUUUUUGCAAUAGCGAAAUAGCAAUUUAGUUAAAUGUGAUCUAAUUGUUAGCACUCAUCUAUAAGUAGUUACUGGAGAAAUAAUUGCUUAGAAGUGUUUCGUUAUUAGGCAGAAAAAUUAGGUUUCUUCAACUACUCGUGGAGUGUAUAAACUGAACCUUAAUUGCUAUAGUGCAUCAUACAAUAGUGUCGUAGCCCGUAGGGAAAGAUAGUUAAUUUGCUGGGUCAAGGAGACUCAUGUUUUUUUGCAGGCUGGACUAACGACGUCGUUUUGUGCAUUGACAAAAACUAGUUUAAAGAUAAAUAUUUUGUACCUAAUCAGAAGUGAAUAGUGAAUAAUGCCGUUGCUUCGUAUUAUAGUUGAUUUAAGUUUCAAUGACACAACAUAGUUAACAAGAUUACAUAAUUGUUGAUGUUUUCCUCCUGCGCUUGUCAGUCAUUGAUUCGUAGUGGGAACUGAUCCUCAUUCGAGUGAGCAACCAUGGCUCGCUGUGGAAGUAACAAGUGUCCCCACCUCGACAACGUCGUACAAUUGUCGCUAUUGGAAUUGUGCAAGUUGAAAAAGGGUGAACCAUGUACUGAAUGUGAAGCAAAUGGGCCCAACCUUUGGAUAUGUCUGCAGAAGAACUGUCUGCAUAUUGGUUGCUCGGAACAGUACAAUGACCACAGCACAACCCAUUUUCAAACUUAUCGAUCUCACUGCAUUCACAUGAAUUUAUCGUCACAGAGAAUAUGGUGCUAUUUGUGCGAGCUCGAAGUGUUUCUUGUACAACAGCAACAGCAGCACUAUCAACAGGUUCGAAGAACCUCCGUCAUUAGUAAUGAUUCUAGCGAUACAAGUCGCUAUUCAACUAAUAAUGAAAAAUUAUUGAUGUAUGGAGAUCGCUUUGCUGGUGGGGGUGGAGAGUCCUGUGAUAGCAGCUGUGAGGAAGAUGAAUUUGAACGGCAUGGCAAAUGGAACGGUUUGGUUGGGCUGCAGAACAUCGCAAACACAUGUUAUAUGAAUGCUGCCAUUCAAGCCCUUAGCAACAGCCCUCCGUUGACGGGGUUCUUCUUAGAUUGCGGUUCAAUAUUGGAUACCGAUCUGCUUGGAAAUCAGACAGUGUCCAAACCGGGAUUAGCGAAGCACUAUCACAAGCUAAUCAAGGACAUGUGGUGCAAAAAUCGUCGUUAUAUCGUUCCCAGCGGCAUUUUAUAUGGAAUACGUAUUGUUCAUCCUAUGUUUAGAGGUUACCAGCAGCAUGACACGCAGGAGUUUCUUCGCUGUUUUAUGGACCAGCUGCACGAAGAGCUAAAAGAAAUUGCUCAGCCACCACCGGAAGUACUUCCCAUGCAAGGAAACCGGAUCGCUAGAGCGAGUGGCAAUAAUCAGUCACCCUGUUCUUCUCCUUCACCAUCGCAAUCGGAAGCGGAAUAUGAAACUUGCGAUAGUGGAGUCUCCGAACAAUCAAGUCUAUCGGAUGAAGUUUCAGUCAACAGCAAACGUACCAGAAGGCUCUCUCGUUCACCUAGUCCCAAUGAAGGUCCGCAAAAUGUAUCAUCUGGAAGCAAGCAGCAAUCGCCAAUUGGAAGCAAUCGGAGUACUUCGAGUAGUACUGCGAGUAUGACUUCAUCCCACCAACAACAUCAACCGGGAAACGCUGGCGAUCAGCAGCAACCGAAGGCCAUUAAGGAUAAGCUACCAGAACGGUCGAUCAUUAGUGAUAUCUUCGAUGGAAAGCUUCUUUCUUCAGUUCAAUGCUUGACUUGCGAUCGAGUAUCAACGCGGGAAGAAACAUUCCAGGAUUUAUCGCUGCCUAUUCCUGGUAAAGAUCAUCUAGCCGUCUUGCAUCAAAAUCAUUCCGGAAUGCCAACUACGACUCAUACUACAUCUGUCGUAAGCGGUGGCAACACAGGAAGUGCAGGUGGCAGCAGUAGCAAUGGCAUCACCUGCUCGGAUGCUGUCUAUCCAGUUACUGGAGACAGUUGGAUUUGGUGGAUUUGGAACUGGCCGAUUUGGAGCUGGGUUCGGUCCUGGUUUUGGGGACCAGCAGUAAGCCUUCAUGACUGUAUGGCAGCCUUCUUCAGUGCUGAUGAGUUGAAGGGUGACAACAUGUACAGUUGUGAGAAAUGUAAUAAGUUGCGAAACGGUGUUAAAUUCUCCCGUGUCCUAGCAUUGCCGGAAAUGUUGUGCGUUCAUUUGAAACGAUUUCGCCACGACUUAUCGUACAGCUCUAAAAUUUCCAGUCCGGUUCAUUUUCCCCUGCAAGGGCUGGACAUGCGUCCAUAUUUACACAAAGAUUGCAAAUCGGAUGUUACUUCAUAUGAUCUUUGUGCCGUCAUUUGCCAUCACGGAACGGUGGGUGGUGGACACUACACAAGUUUUGCCAAGCAUGAUCCCACUGGAAAAUGGUUCGAAUUCGAUGAUCAGCUUGUAACACAGGUUAACCCUGAUGAUGUUCAAAACUGCGAAGCUUAUGUACUUUUCUAUCGCAAGAACAACACCAAAAUGACCACGAUUCGAGCACAGGCAAGCGAUUUGAUUAACGUUCAGGAGCACGCUUCAGAUAUUCGUUUCUACAUAUCUCGUAACUGGCUCCAUCGAUUUAACACCUUUGCUGAGCCUGGCCCUAUCGACAACUGGACGUUGCUUUGUCCCCAUGGAGCAUUCCCGCCGAGCAAGGCACCAUUUUUUUCAAAACUAGUAGUCCCAAUUCCUCAAGCUUUAUGGGACUUUUUGUAUCAAAAAUUCGGCGGUGGUCCAGUCUGUAAUCACAUUUUCCCCUGUCAUAUUUGCAAGAAGGCAGCCGAGUCCUUGUCUAGAAGACAACGCGCCGAAUUGGAAGCAUUUACCGCAUGUAAUGAUGAGUAUCAGUACAAUGAAAACCCGACUCCCAUUUACGCUAUAUCGAUGGCAUGGUUUAGACAGUGGCAAUUGUUUGCCCGCGGUGUUACUACAGAUGAGCCAGGACCCGUUGACAAUAAAUCAAUUGCUGUCCCAGGUGAUAACAGCAUUCCAUUACGCAGUGUCCGUCAAGGUUCCGAUUAUGCGCAGAUAAAUUCUACAUUAUGGCAUUUCUUCCACGGUAUUUAUGGUGGUGGUCCAGAAAUUGUACUUAGAGGACAGCCAGUUCCUCCACCAGAGGUGAAACCUACAAAAAGCGUUAAAGAAAGGGAUCCUGAACCGAUGGAUAUUGGUGAACCACCACAAACAUCAUCCAAAUCAUCGACGAUUAGCAGCGGAGUUCAAGAAGCUACGCCUGAGAUACCCCCUGAGGUGCCAUCAAGCAGUGCUAAUCACAUCGUGUCACAAAAACCACAAAAGAGUGUAUCCUUCGAAGAUAACGAGAGCUACAUGGAUAACGGAGCUGAUCACAGCGAAACGUUACGAUCUGUUCAAAUGAAGCGGAAGCAAAUCAGACAACAGAAGGAGCAACAACAAUCCAAAGAUUCAAAAAAGAUGGAAACGGAAAGUACCGAUGGAAUAGUUACCUACCUGCGUCGUAAGCAACUCAAACACCAGCAGCAGAUAUCGCAAGAUGCCAGCAAUGAGAAACACCAUAGCGACACGUUGGACAUUAGAGGGAAAAAGGAUAAACGCCAUCGUACCGGAAUGAAGGCAAGCGGUCUUUUUGGAGUAGAAGGUAAAUACCAACCUGCUAAUUCGGACACCUCCCCAAAUAGUAGCAUUUCUCAUGCUGAAACGUGCAAUCAAUCACCAAACACCAAAGGAAACUACAGCAGUCUAAGCUCCGCCGUUGCAGCUUCAGCAGUAUUUUCAAAGUCUGCGGACGAAAGCCACAUCGGCUACCAUCAUCACAGUAGUGCCAAUACUAGCGAAUCCGGGGGUAAUAUGACUGUUCCCUCUAGAUCCGUUGACGAAAUCAUGCCACUCUUAACGCAAGCCUCCAUCAGUCAAAAUUCUCCGCCAGAGGACGAAAUUGGCGAACGAGACGAAAGCGACGGAGAUGGUGAGAUGAAUGCAACAAGCAGAGACCGGUCGCAGCAUUCUCAUCAUCGCAAAAGUCAUCACGGCAAUAAAAGUGGUGGUCAUUAUUCUGCUGAUAAUGGCCACGUUGAUCGAGGCAUGAUGGCCUUCGGCAGAAAGAAAAUCAAAUCCAAAUAUUUGAAGAAUAAGCAGACCAAAGCACCUGGAACGGCCGAUGGCACUGAGCAUUAUGCUGUCACUGCUGUUAACGGAACACAUACAAGUGACAGUGAGAAAUGAGUGAAGCCAGUCUUUCGACGUUUCCGCUUUUUUUCAUUCUCGUGAUAGAGUUAUUUUUUUUUAAAUUCUGUCCGUAAAAUGUAAAUAGUGGUUUAAAUCUAGGGGUUUUUUAUUCUAUUUUGUCUGUUACAAGGGUUUGUCUCUUUAGUAAACGGAAGGAUACUAGAAUAUUUGUGUAGAGCGAACUGUAUUUCUGUUCAAAUGAGAGAAACAAGUUGAUGCAACAUUAUAUUUUCUAUUUUUUGUCCAUUAGAAAUCGAGUCGUUAAAAAAAGAGAAACGCGGAUUUCACAUUAAUUAAAAUCAACGAUACAUUAAAAUUUCACACAUUUGAUCCAAUUCGGUGUACACAGUACGCGUUCCCUUUCUGCCAAGAAUAAAAGAUACAUUUUGUCCGUUACAAUAUUUCAAUAAGAACUCAAUUCAAAUAAUUUUUGCAUUCACAUUCAAAAUCUACACAUUCGAAAUAAUAAAUCUAUUUAAAUGAAAUAAAAUAUCGAAGGCAGUUCAAUCUAGGUGCACAUGUAGGCUUGGAAUAAAU